CCCUGGAAUAGUAUACGUGUCUCUUACGAGCAACGACGCCUUCGACUUCUCUCUCUUCUCACCACGUUGGUUUCUUUUCUUCUUUCUCAAACAGAUUUCUUGCUCUUUUCAGAUUCUCCCUCUGGUGUUGUUUGAAUUGAUUUCCUGAUAAAGGUCAACACCAAGGAAACCCGAAUUCGUGUCGAAUUGUUGUUCUUAGUUUGAUUUGGCGUGAUCUUGCCUUACAAAUUUCCAAGAUUGGUUGAUCGGAGAAGACUCUUCGGGUUUCUUUUUUUUUUUUUUUUUUUAAUUUUCUGUGUUAUCUGGUAGUGACAAUGAAGGCGAUGGAGACAAUACAAGAUCUGAUUGAGGAAUUGAAAGUUAGAACGCUGUGGUGGGCUCUGUGUAUAUUUGCCGUUACUUACUUCUUAUCUCAUACAAGUUCAUCAAUGUUGAUGAACUUGCCCAUAUCUAUUCUAUUUGUUUCGGCAUUGCGCAUUCUAUGUAACGAGGUGCAGUUCAGCUGGAAAGCUCGAACAGCUCACCGCCAAACCUAUUUGUCUCAUUUGGAGAAGAAACAGUUAUCCGUAAAUGAUUCAAGGCUUUCUACUGCACCACCCCCGCCAAAGUGGAAGAGAAAAAUUGAUUCUCCUAUUGUGGAAGCUGCUAUCACUGAUUUUAUCAAUAAAAUAUUACAAGAUUUUGUGACAGAUUUGUGGUAUUCUGAUAUCACACCAGACAGGGAGGCCCCCCGGCUGAUGCAUGCAGUUAUUAUGGAUGCCAUUGGUGAAAUAUCGGGAAGAGUUAAAGAAAUCAACCUUGUUGAUUUGCUAACAAAGGAUGUUGUUGAUUUAGUAGGUGACCACUUGGACCUUUUUAGAAGAAACCAAGCAGCAGUAGGUGUUGAGGUAAUGGGAACAUUAUCUUCUGAGGAGAGGGAUGAACGAUUGAAAUAUCAUCUUUCUGCUUCUAAGGAGCUACAUCCUGCACUGAUAUCUCCUGAGAGUGAGUACAAGGUUCUUCAGCAGCUUAUAGGUGGACUAUUAGCUGUAGUAUUAAGACCUCGGGAAGCCAAUGUUCCUCUGAUUCGUUGUAUUUCUAGAGAGCUCGUAACUUGCCUGGUGAUGCAACCUCUUAUGAAUUUAGCAAGCCCUGGGUAUAUCAAUGAAUUGAUUGAAUCUAUAUUACUUGCCUUUAAUGAUGAUAGCACUAAAGAGGUGGGUGGUAGUCAGUCUGCAGGAGGCAGACAUAAUGAUGAUUUGACUGCUACAAAAUUUUCAUCCUUGCAUUAUCAAGGACAUGAUAUGGCUUCGGCCAAGGUUGAUGACUAUAAAGAUACAUCGGUUGAUCAAAGGAGCUACCAGGAAUUGCUGAUGCAGCCAAGACCCGCUGAUUGGGCACAAAUGCUAGAGGUUGCCACUCAAAGAAGAACUGAAGUCCUCAUGCCUGAAAAUCUCGAAAACAUGUGGACGAAAGGAAGAAAUUACAAAAAGAAGGAGCAAAAAAAAGUUAAAAAUAUAAUCCAAGAACCUAUUGCAAAAGGUUCUGGAAGUAGUGCUGUGCCUGCGAGGAAUUCGGGGAAGGAAGGGCUGACCAAGAGUGGAAUUCCCACAGGGAAAGAACAGAAACCUGUGCUGCAACUUGCCCCUGAUAUGCUAGGUGUGAAUGAACGGGGGGUGCAUUUGUCACAGAAUCUUCAAAAGCAAUUAUCUGUUGAGGAGGGACUUCAUUUUGGUGGAUUGACAGACAGUAGUGAACUUGUCAUAAAUGGAAAUCGGAAUAGGCUUAAGAGAUCCAAUAGUGCUUCUGUUCUGAAUGUUCAACCUGAUAUGAAAAAGGUGUUUGCAGUUGAUGAUGGAGGGCCGAUUAUAUCGGAGUUUUACAGUCCCGAUUUUGGCAGCCGCAGUGAAGACUAUAGUGUUAAAAGGACUUCGGACAUGUUAAUUCAUUCUGUGGGACUACAUGUUCCGAAGCUAAGAUGUAGGGUUUUGGGAGCAUAUUUUGAGAAUCUUGGAUCAAAGUCCUUCGCAGUCUAUUCAAUUGCAGUGACAGAUGCAGAAAACAGAACUUGGUUUGUGAAAAGAAGAUACAGGAAUUUUGAACGAUUGCAUAGACAUCUGAAAGACAUUCCCAAUUACACAUUGCAUCUGCCCCCCAAAAGAAUAUUCUCUUCAAGCACAGAGGAUGCUUUUGUUCAUCAGCGCUGCAUUCAGCUUGACAAAUAUCUACAAGAUCUUUUGUCCAUAGCUAAUGUUGCCGAGCAGCAUGAAGUGUGGGAUUUCUUAAGUAUUUCCUCAAAAAAUUACUCCUUUGGAAAGUCUUCUUCAGUGAUGAAAACAUUGGCAGUUAAUGUCGAUGAUGCUGUGGAUGAUAUUGUACGCCAGUUUAAAGGGGUUUCUGAUGGUUUAGUGCGUAAAGUUGCUGGUGCAUCACCCCUUUCAGAGGAAGCCUCUUCUUCAAUCUCGAGUAGGCACGUGUCUUUGAAUUCAGAUGAGAUGAAUAAAUCCAUUUUAAGGCAGAAUAUGUCGGAAACAGCAAAUACUUCUUCUGAUAAUGAAGCAGAUGACAAAGAAGUCAGAUCUAGUCCGCAAGGCAGUGGUUGGCAUUCAGACAAUGAAUUGAUCUCAAAGAGUUUUCCACCCCGGGUGGUCAACCAUGGUGAAGAAUCUAGAAAUUCAGUUUUAGAGAAUACAAAUGUGGGAGUGAAGUCUGAAUGCAGUCCCAUGACAAACUUGCUUGUAACCUCCUUCAAUAUGGAAGAUCCAAUUGGAAUGCCACCAGAGUGGACCCCGCCAAAUGUAAGUGUGCCUUUGUUGAAUCUUGUUGAUAAGGUCUUUCAGCUGAAGAGAAGAGGCUGGCUAAGAAGACAAGUGUUUUGGAUAUCUAAGCAAAUACUACAGUUAGUCAUGGAAGACGCAAUUGAUGAUUGGCUCUUGAGGCAGAUAUAUUUGCUUCGGAGAGAAGAAACUAUUGCUCAAGGCAUUCGGUGGAUUCAAGAUGCUCUCUGGCCUGAUGGCACAUUCUUUACAAGAGUUGGGAUUGAUCAUCAGAACAAGGAAGAUGAUCCUCAACUUCGUCAGCAACCAUUUCAGACUACAAGCAGCGACAAGGUCUCUAAACCUGGUUCUUUUGAGCAGCAACUCGAGGCUGCUCGUAGAGCAAGCGAUGUCAAGAAGAUGCUCUUUGAUGGAGCUCCAACUACUCUGGUUAGCUUGAUUGGGCAUAAGCAGUACAGGCGAUGCGCGAAAGACAUUUAUUAUUUUACUCAGUCUACCAUCUGCAUAAAGCAACUUUCAUACGGGAUUCUUGAGCUCUUACUGGUAUCAGUUUUUCCCGAGCUUCGGGAUCUUGUGCUGGAUAUUCAUCAGAAGAUGCAUGUUGGACCUCUUUAAAGAAGUUACAUUUCUGCGUUCCUGCGUUCAUGAGGCUCUGGAGGUCAUAAUCUAAUCCAAAUCGUUAAAAUUUAUUGUUUCUCUGUAUUUUCAUGCAUCUUAUAUAGAAGCAGGGAACAUGAUCAAUCAAUGGAAUACACAUUGUUUUGGAAUGCGGGAAAGGGAAUUGCUUCGCCAAAUUCUAAGUGCCCAAGUUGUACAUUUAGACCUUGUACAUAAUUCAUCUUUUGUGCAUACCAAUUGCUUUAGUAGUACCCAUGGAUUGGGUUUUUUGUGGUUAGCGGAUCGAGUCCAUGGCGUUAGUUGUUCUUUUGUGAUAGUUUGUUUCAGAAUUCAAUUCUUGUAGAUAUAGAUAUAGUGAUAUAUAUUCUUGAUGUAUUGUUCAAAUCCUUGAAGAACCAUGAGGAUUCAUGGAGAACAUUUUUUUAGUUGUCCGCCA